AUGGAGUACAUCCUCUCCGUAGUGGCCGCCCUGGCCAUUACGCCGAUAGCCAUGACGGCGUUCUUCAAACUUCUCGUCUCGUUGCAGAAAUAUUCGGUCGUCCAGGAGAGAAUUGCGCAGUUGACGAGGAGGUCCAGCGAUCCCAUCAAGACUUCGAGACCGGUUGUUUUGGUUGAUCUUAGCGCUGCAGUGGGAAAGAGGGUUGCUGCGCAUUUGAUGCCGGAGUAUGAAGUCAUUCUGGAACUGCAGAGUAUUCCGCGAGCGAAGCAGGAACUUUCCAGCAUUGUGGCGAAACAGAGACCAUGCACUGAUGGGGACACUGUCGGCACGCACGACUUCUCACGCAUCCCCAAGCACGUAAUCUUCAGCAAAGGCUACCGCGAGAACAAAGUUCAGGAAGUGCGUGAAGCCCUCGGUGGCGAAAAGUCCGGAAUCUCAUGGUAUUGGACGCCCAGCCCGCCUGGAGAGAAGCUCCCGAAUCCUGGCAAGAUCGAUGAAGAGCAGAUGGACUUCUUCGCCGGUAGGAUCGCUGGCCAUAUCAAGAAGACCUUGAAUUCAGUGGUGGAGGAUGGUAAAGAAGGCGUGGACGGGUUGUAUGAGUUGUAG